CUGGUGGUGGCGUGGGACAUUUGGUCAAGGUUGCCGCUAGCCAGUCCCACCUUGUCGACGUGUCCGACUGCGAUUCGAGACGGCCGCUUUUUGCAUUCCGCCCACGCGGAUGCGUGUGUGUUGUGUGUUGCGGUUUGCCUCCGAGAUCUUCGAGUUGGGCAAUCCUUUCCCCGGCCGCAGGGGUUUGAUUGGGCGGUCGGGAGAAGAUGCUACUUUGUUCCCGCGCUGGGUGGCACUCAAAUCAUCCUCCCGGCGGGAAAGACCACGACACACAGAUGAUGCUGAGACUCUAUCCUCCACAUCCCUGCCGCUUGGGCUGGGGCCGUCGGUGGGUUUCCGAGGCGCUGACUACGGUAGUGAGCUGGCCCGGGCGUGGAAUAAGCUUGCCCCCGUAUGUAUCACAUGCAUAUCAUCGCAGCGGGACGCAAGAGCCCGUUGGCAACAGCAGACGGGAACUAGAGAGUCGGCGUGCUGUCGUGCAUAUGGAAACGUCUCGAAACGGAUGUCUCAAGAUGGGAUUGUUUACCACAGUGCUUUCCGAAUAGGCGAUGUUUUGCAUCGCACACCCCCUCCCGCAAAGACAUUUAAGCCUUCCGGUGGAGGCGCGGGCAUGGCCUAUCGGACAAUCUUUAGCUUGGGGCCGGUGCGACAACAAGGUUGUGUUGGGUGGGCGAAAACUUGAUGAACGUGCGCGCGGGCUUCCGCUGACACCUGCCCACGUUGCGCAUUGGCUCACCCCCUCAACUAAGCCCCCAACCCUCGGCUUGAUUUUGGCCGUCUGUGAGAGCGGGGUGAGGGAUUGUCGACUCGGGGCUAUCGUUUUGGACGGUAUGACGACGAGGACAGGAUCGCACGAACCAUGAUUUGUCGGGACGGAAUGGGAUGUAGCGUCGUCCUGCCACACAGGCCAUGCCACUCGAGCGUGCCGUGCUGGCCGGUUCCAAGAGUCGAAGAUGGCAAGAGCCGUCUCCUUCGCUAAGCAUGGUGCAGUAGAUGGAACGGCGGGCUUCCAUGGAGAAGAAGAUACCUAGGUGGCCAUGGCGUUGUACCUACCUUU